AUGAAGCUCGCUUUCUUUGCUGUGGUGGCUCUUGCCUCGAGUCUGUUGGCCGCUGCACAGGGCUCACCAAAGCCAGAUAACUCCCCAAAGCCAGCUGCCUGCACCACUGCUGGCGUGCGCAAGGAGAUUCGUAGCCUCACUGACGCCGAGUGGAGCGUUGUCUCGAGCGUUGUGCUCGCAAUGAACCGCGACGGCUGGGGCAGGUGGUUUGCGUACGUGCACACCCAGAACUUCAACACCAUCCAUGGCAACUCGCAGUUCUUCCCGUUCCACCGCCGCUUCACCAUCGACUACGAGCAGAUUGCCCAGCGCUACAGCUCCAGCUUCUAUCUGCCGUACUGGGAUACCGUCAGCGACUACCGUGCACCGCAGACCUCAGAGGUCCUGACCAACAAGUACAUUGGCGGCAAUGGCCAGGGCGCCAACGGCUGUGUUUCGGAUGGCUUCUUGGCCAAUAUCAAUGUGGGCUACCCGAACACGCACUGCCUGGUGCGCAAAUUCGACAAGGGGGAUGGCAUUAUCAACUCGUGGUAUGCGCCCGAGUACAUUCUGUCCAUCAUCCAGCGCGACACCACCAUGGCACAGUUCCGCCCUGACAUGGAGAUGAGUCUGCACGGCGCUGUGCACCUGGGCCUCGGUGGCGACAUGAUUGAGCAGUGGAGCCCGAACGACUUUGCCUUCAUGGUUCACCAUGCCAAUAUGGACCGCCUGUGGGACCAGUGGCAGGACAACGGCAACACCUGGGUCAUGGACGGUGUCGACAACAAGGGUGCAAACAUGACUAUUGACUCGCAGAUUCUCGCGUACAACGAGCCCGUCAGCUCGGUGAUGCAGCUGGGUCAUGGAAGCGCCUGCUAUUACUACGACACCAACCUUCCUGGGGACCGUAACUUGCCGUCUCAAGCUUCUGCUGUCGCUCAGUCGGCUGUGGCCAAGGACAAGAGCAACAGCAGCAACGGCAAGAAGAAUAACGGAGAGGAUAGUGAUGGCAGCAAGAAGACUAAGCGCAUUGUCCACCCGGCCAAGACCAACAAGCCUGAAAUUGACGACUUUUUCCUUGGCGUCGCAUCCGAUGUCGCAGCGGGCGUGCAGCAGCUUAACGAAGAUAUCAAGGACAGCCUCGAGGAAGUUGACCAGUUCUUCAAGGAUGCCUUCAAGGGCAUCACCAAGGGUCUCAGCAAGAGCCUCCACAAGUCUGCUCAGAACGUCGUCACCACCUUGCCGCCCAAUGUGUUGGACAAGUGGUUCCCAAAGAUGGCUGGCCUGGGCAAGGACAUUGCAAACAACAAGGUUACAGGUCUCAAGCGCCCCCAGAAAGGCCACAACAUUGCCAACAAGGCUGUUGCCGCCAUUCCUGUCCCGCCGACCCUGGGCAGCAAGUGGGCAAAGAUGCACAAGUUUGAUGCGGCUGAGGUGAGGCGCUACAAUGAGAAGGCCCGCCAGUUUGUGCAGGACCUUCAGGACGCUCAGUACGUUCCGCUCAAGUAG